CCCGACCCGACCCAACCCGACGCGGUAGAUGGCGUCGAGACAGCGUAACAACUCUCCCCAGCCUCCUCCACUCACUCCCCUGCUACUUGAACCCACCAAAAUAUCGCACCUUCCUCCCCCAAUCCGAGCUGAGCCAAGCUGGGUCGACCGAGAGAACACACACACACGAGGCCAGCUGACCUUUCCCCUCUCCUCCCCACGGUCUCCGUCCCCACGCAGCUCAGCCACGCCGAUUGAUUCUCCCAUCGUUCCAUCCCCACGCAGCUCCUUGGGCGAUCGAUGAAGUCCAUCGGCAGCCGGGACAAGCUGCAGGCGGCGGCGGCGGCGACGGGUCCCCGGCGGGUGCUGCUGCUGGUCUUCGCCUCCUGCUUCGCCUUCGCCACGCUCCUCACCUUCCUCUACACCUCCUCCGGCUUCGCCUCCGCCGCGUCCUCCGGCUCGCGCCUGGGUUCGUCGUCCUCGUCUAACGCGGCGGCCGGCUCCGGGGCGGCGCUGCCGCUGCCGGUGUUCGACGCGCUGGUCCACUACGCCUCCUUCUCCAACGCCACGCACCGGAUGACGGACACGGACAUCCGGGCCAUCUCCGCCAUCCUGCGCGCGCGGGGGCCCUGCAACCUGCUCGUCUUCGGCCUGGGCGCCGAGUCGCCGCUCUGGCUCGCGCUCAACCACGGCGGCCGCACGGUGUACCUGGACGAGAACGAGUUCUACGUCAAGUACCUGGAGCCGCGCCACCCGGGGCUGGAGGCCUACGACGUCUCCUACACCACCAAGGUGCGCGACUUCCGGGACCUGCUGGAGGCGGCCCGCGGCUCCCGCGCCGCCGAGUGCCGGCCGGUGCAGAACCUGCUCUUCUCCGAGUGCCGGCUCGCCAUCAACGACCUGCCCAACGAGCUCUACGACGUGCCCUGGGACGUGGUGCUCAUCGACGGGCCGUCCGGGUGGAACCCCAACUCCCCCGGCCGGAUGCCGUCCAUCUUCACCACGGCCGUGCUCGCCCGCUCCGGCGCCACCGCCGCCAAGGGCCCCACGGACGUGCUGGUGCACGACUUCAACUUCGAGGUGGAGCAGGUGGUGAGCAAGGAGUUCCUGUGCGACGAGAACCGGGUCGCCGGCAGCGGCACGCCCUCGCUCGCCCACUACGUCAUCCGCUCCGGCGGCCCCGCCGACGCCUUCUGCGCCGCCGGCCAGGACGGCCGGGCCACGUCCGAGGAGAAGACCCGCCGCAAGUAAUCGAGACCCGCACUUUGAUUAAUUAGCCGCCCCCCUCUCCUCUCUAAUUCUUGUUAUUAUCAUUUCUUUUCUUCUUCUUUUUUGUGACAUAUACGAGUAAUAUAUGUUUGUUGUUUUUUUGGGAACAAUAAUUGUAACAAGAAAGGCUCCUUCGAUCAAAAGUGUAACAAUCAAUCGUGACGGCAUGAUUGAUCGCCUCGAAAAAAAAAUGAAAUAGUAGAGGUUAAUUUACACUUUGACA